CUGCCCAACCUCAACAGGAGGCGCCCGGAGAGGGAUGGGGGAGCCGGCAGAGGCCGGGAGUGGGACAGGCCCAGCCGCAGCUCCCUGGCUGCCCAGGCCGGCCUUGGUGCUGUGCCAAGGCAGCCACCUCCACGCCACCAGUCCUUUUUGCCACCGGUGAUGCGCAGGCAGACACAGGUAGCGCCGCAGGGCAGCCAGAGCCAGGCCUUGCCCCUGCCAGGGGAAAGGCUGCCACGGCUGCCCUGCCCCGAGAGCUCCCAGGACACCAGGAGCACUGGCCCACAGACUGCAAGACAGGGGGAGAUGGCAGCAAAGCUCUUGCCAAGCAGAGCAGCUGCUGCCAGGCAGGUGGGAGGCCCAGGCCGGAGGCUGGGGCCAGGGAUGCACUCAGGUAAGCUCCCUCUGGGGCCUCCCCUGCUGCCGAGGAGCCCAGUGCAAGGGUUGUCCCUGCCCCGCUCUGGGCUGAGCCAGGAGGAGACGGUGCGUCUGCCAUCAAUCCCGCUGGUGGCCCCACGGCACAGCCAGGCUGCCAGUGGCACCUGCAAACUGCCUCCUCUGCCCCCAGCAGCCUGGGCUGCUGCUGCCAGGCGCAGGACAGCCAGCAUGGCCACGGCCAGCAGCAGCCACCUCCCCCCUGUGCCUAUUGCUCGGGGCAGCCGCGCUGAGCAGGGCACAGCCCCCAGGCUGCAAAGCUUGAGGGCUGCCCCGCGCCGCCCCCAAGGCCAGGAGGCAGCUGGCAAGCCCAGGAGCCGUGUGCCUGGGCCAGACAUGUCCCCGAAGGGCUGCCCUGGCAGCCAGAGCCCCGGGCAGCAGGCGGCAGCACAGCAGGGCCGCAACCUCAGCCUGCCCGUGUCAGCUUCCCUGGGCAGCCAAGCAGGGACACGGCAGCACAGGCAAGCGGCAGAGCAGGAGCCGGCAGUGCAGGCGGUGCGCAAGAAGCACAGCCUGAGCAGCAGAGCUCAGCCAGGCCAAGAGAGACCCAGGAAGCGUCUCAGUGUCCUUGCCGAGACCGAGCGCUCGCAGAGGCUGAGGAUAUGGAGGCUGGUGUGCCACUGCAUGGCCCAGGACGCGGCUGUGAAGCCCCGGGGCCUCAUCGCCGUGCGAGUCGUCUCCCCCGAGAUCUCCCCGGGGAGCCCCAGGCUCAGCCAGCAGCUGGCCCCACAAGCUGGCCGGUCACGGUCACGCAGCCUGCCCGUGGCAGCUUCCCUGGGCAGGGAGGCAGAGCCAGAGCACAGGAGAAGAGCGUCAGAGCAAGGCCCAGCACUGGCCAGGCUCCACAGGAGACACACCCUCAGCGGCCCAUCUGUGCCGCCGCAACACCAACCCGCCAAGGAUGGGAGCCUUGUGCCCCAGCCUGAGCCUGUGCAGCAGCGGCAGGAGAGGCGGCGCGGCAGUGCCGAGGGCAGAGCGCUUCCACUGUGCCAAGCCAGGCUGCAGCUUCUGGGGGAAAUCUCCAGCCGUCAGAAGGUGCUGGAGUGGCUGCAAGCAACUUUCCCCGACACCGCUGGGGCCUCGGCCGAGCAACAGCAAGAGCAGCAAGGUGAUGGCCAGCAAGAGCUCUGCCAAGGGGAAGGUGUCGCUGCCCAAAGGCUGUGCGAAGAGGAAAAGAAGGCAGAGCAAGAGCUGUCCAAAAGGGAAGACAGUGAGGAGCAAGAGCUUUCCAAAGGGGAUGAUGAGAUGGAGCAAGACCUGUCCCUAGAGGAAGCCAGCAAUAGCAGAGCCGUGGGGCAAGGAGAAGAUGAGAGGGAGGAAGACAUGUGCCAAGGGGAAGAGGAGAAGAAUGAAGAGCCGUGCCAAGGGGAAGUCAGCGGUGCUGAAGAGCUGUGGCAAGGAGAAGAGGAGAAGAAGGAGGAGCUGUGUCAAGAGGACGAUGGCAAGAAGGAAGAGCAGUGUGAAGGGGAAGGAGACAUCAGCUCCAACAUGGGGGACAAGCCCUUAGGCCCGGUGAACGAGGGGGUCCCCGGCACUUCUCCCCAGCAGCCGCCCAGCUGUCCCAGCACUGUGGGCACCGAGGCAGCAGCACAGGCAGCUGGUGAGCUGCCCAGCACGUCUCCUGCCCCCGCUGGUGCCACGGACUCUGAGGCAGCAGGUGCUGAGCUGGCCAGAGCUGCUGAGGAAGAGGAGCAGCGUGCACCUCUUGCUGCCCAGGCCCAAGAGGCGGCAACGGCAGCAGCUUCUCCUGCCUGUGGCGAGCAGCUGAGAGCUGCAGGCCAAGAGAGCCAGGCAGCUGCCCCAGCCAGCCCCUGCUGCCCAUCCAGCCCCUUGGCCAGCUUGCUGCAAGCCCAUGGCCUGAGUGAGCAGGGGGCAGGGCCAGUGGGCGUGUCAGUCCUUGCAGGGCCCGAGAGCCAGGAGGGGGCCUUGAGCAUGGAAGAGGAGGAGCAGAAAGACAACGUGGAGCAAGAGCUGUGGCUGUGCCAAGGGCAAGGUGACAGAGACGUGUCCCAGGUGGAGGACAAGAGCGAGCAAGAAGUGCCCCAAGGGGAGGCUGGGACAGAGCUGGAAGGGUCCCCAGUGGAAGCCGGCAGAGCCCCAAGGUGGAGUAGUCCUGCAGAGAGGCUCCCUGGGCCUGCCCCUGAGCAGGCCCCGGUCUUUGGCCAGCACAGCCAG